UCUUUUCCUCUUUAUUCAUUCUCUCACCCUCCUCGUUCCAAACUACAUUAUUUAAUCAAUAACUGAAGAAGUGCAUGUGUUGUAUUUAUAAACCCAGAUAGACCGAUUGCUCUCUCUUUCCCCAAUUCCUCCCUCCCGCCCUCCCUUGUCCCUUGGCUUUUUUCCCUUCUCACUUCUUUUUCUGUCUUUGAAUGGAGAAGCUGGGUUCCCUGGAACCUCCACGCCCGUCCCCGGGUGCAGGGCUUGUUGCUGGGCCUGUUGCUGGGGUGUCUAUUGCCAAGACAGCAGGGGUUGAGGGAGACGAGGCGGCAGCAGCGGUCAGCUCCAAACUGUUUUGGUGUGCAUGCGUUACACGUUGGCUACCAUUGGUCUAUAGAGAAGAACUUUACCAAGUCUUAUGGCUCACGGGCCCACUGCUGCUGUCUCGGAUUCUGGACUUCCUCCUGCCGUUUGUUAGCAGCAUAUUCUGUGGUCACAUCGGCAAUGCAGAACUGGCUGGAUACGCUCUGGCCUCAGCGACCAUUAACGUGACCACAGCUUCAACCGGCUAUGGCCUUGCUGUGGCUUGUAACACACUCGUUUCUCAGACAUUCGGCAGUAAGAACAUGAAACGUGUAGGAAUGAUUCUCCAAAGGAGUUCAUUGAUCCUGCUGCUGUUUUGUCUGCCCUGUUGGGGUCUUCUCAUCAACUCUCACAACUUACUGCUCAUCCUGUACCAAGAGGUUGAGGUGGCAAGAAUUGCCCAGCUCUACGUGAUGGCAUUUCUUCCAGCUGUGCCAGCCAUGUUCCUUCACCAGCUGCAAGUUGCCUACCUGCAAAACCAGGGGAUUAUUCUGCCUCAGAUGUACACAGCAGCGGCAGCAAACAUUUUCAACUUGGGGGCGAACUACGUCUUAAUCUUCAGCCUCCAGCUGGGUGUCAUUGGAUCAGCAAUUGCUAACAGCCUCUCUCAGAUCGCCAUCUGCCUGCUGUUGUUUGGCUACAUCAGAUGGAAGAAGCUCCAUAAGCAGACAUGGGGAGGCUGGUCCACUGACUGUCUUCAGGAGUGGGGCUCCUAUAUGAAGCUGGCUAUUCCCAGUGUUUUCAUGACCUACUUUGAGUGGUGGAUCUGGGACAUUGGCGGUUUCCUUGCUGGUGUACUUGGCGAGGUGGAUCUUGCCGCUCAGCAUGUGUUGGUGGAAAUAGGAGCCAUAAUAUAUAUGUUCCCUCUAGGUAUCCAUGGUGCUGCCUGUGUGCGUGUUGGGAAUGCUCUGGGGGCCGGGAAUACUACUGGGGCCAUAGUCACCUGCAAAGUGGUCCUGGUUUUAACAGGAGUACUUGCUGUGUUCCAGGGUUUUGUCAUCGCUGGCAGUAAGUCCGUCGUUGGCUACAUAUUUACCUCUGAUGAAAAUAUUGUGACGAUUGUCUCAGAGAACCUCACAGUCUACGCAUUUGUACAAGUCUUUGACACACUUCUGUGUGUCUGCUCAGGGAUUCUUGUAGGAUCUGGGAUGCAGAAAAUUGCUGCCGUGUCCAACCUGGUGUCUUACUACUGCAUCGGCAUGCCAGUAGGAAUAGCUCUGAUGUUUGCUGCCAAGCUCAGAGUAAAAG